GCAAAUAACGAAACUCCAACGCGAACCAUGGAGCCGAAUCCAACCUCGAUGUGGAGUUCCAUAGUGAAGAAAGAUCCUCCUUCGAAGCCUCCGGCCACCGGCGGAGCUCCGGCGGCGAUUAUCGGAAUGGUCGGAAGCUGCAAAUCCACAAAGGGAAUUUCUAUGGCUGUUGUUGACGCCAACGCCGUAAUCCAAGGAGGCCAGAGCUUAAACAACUUCGCCGACAAAUUCGUAACCGUCCCUGAAGUUCUCUCCGAGAUUCGUGACCCUAAUUCUCGCCGUUUUCUCGACUUUAUCAUCCCUUUCACUAUCGACCCCAUGGAACCUUCUCCUGAAUCUCUCACUAAAGUUAUUAAAUUUGCUAGAGCUACUGGUGAUUUGCAGAGUCUUUCUGACGUUGAUCUCAAGCUCAUUGCUUUGACAUACACGCUCGAGGCUCAGGUUCAUGGGACCAAAAACCUCAGAGAUGUUCCUCCGCCGAUUCAAACUGUUACGGUAAAGAGAUUAGCUGAGAAGGAUUUACCUGGUUGGGGCUCCAAUGUGGCUAACUUGGAGGAGUGGGAGGCACUAGAAAACGAGAACGAGGAAAAAUCCAACUCUAACUCCAAAAUUCUUCCGCUCAAGGACCUUAACAUGAAUAUCAUCCCUUCAGACAUUACUUCUGAGAUUGGUUCUGUUGUGUCUCAUACUGAGAAUCAAGAAGUGGAUGAUCAAGAAGGGGAGAGGAGGCAUAGGCGAUACCCACCCAAGAAAACAGAGGUAAAGCUUGAGGGUAAGAUGGUAGUGGAGGGAAUAGAUGCAUCGCUGGGAGAACAUGAUGAUGAAGAUUCUGGCGACUGGAGACCUGCAGUUAGUAGCAGUACUCACAGAAAGUUCCUUAGAAGAAAGGCGAAGUGGGAACAUUACAAUGCCUUGGCUGAACAAGAAAUGCAGCAAGAUCAGGAAGCUGACAAAGCUGGCAAAUUGACCGAGGACACAACCGACCAGAUGUCUGAAGACGCUGAUGAAAAGUGUGCAAAAGAUAUCGGAAAGAAUGAUGAGGAUCUCUCGUCCAUCCUAAAAGAUAUGAGGUUGGAGGAAGAUUCAGCAAAGGCUCUCCAAGAAGGGCUUGGAGAAACGAAUGCUGAAGCAACUUUGAGCAAUGAUGAGGAUGAUAUCGAUCAUGAUGUUGAUGUUGAGGGGAUCGAUGUUGCUUGUGAGGCAUCGUCGAUGGCAGAUGAUGGUAGCAGCGAGCAGAGUUGGUCGUUGAGAGCCUUGUCUGAGUCCAGUGUAGCUUGUAUAACCGGUGACUUUGCUAUGCAAAAUGUUAUUCUUCAAAUGGGUUUGCGUUUGCUUGCACCCGGAGGAAUGCAAAUUCGCCAACUGAACAGGUGGAUCUUGAAAUGCCAUGCUUGCUACACAGUAACUCCUGAAACUUGGAGAAUCUUCUGUCCCAAGUGCGGUAAUGGCGGCACUCUACGCAAGGUAGCCGUUACAAUAGGCGAGAAUGGCACUGUAGUAGCUGCACGUAAACCACGAGUCACACUUCGCGGGACCAAAUUUUCGAUACCAAUGCCUAAAAGUGGAAGAGACGCAAUCACCAAGAAUCUGGUUCUCCGGGAAGAUCAACUCCCACAAAAGUUUCUCCAUCCCAAGACCAAGAAGAAAGCAAGCAAACCGGGAGAUGAGUACUUCAUAUCAGACGAUGUGUUCAUGAACCACCACAGUGAUAGAAAGGCACCAUUGCAACCUCCUGUGAGAAAAGCUAUGGCGGUUUUCAGCCAGAAACGGAACCCUAACGACAACCAUUACUCUCGUUCUAUGCACUGAUCUUUUGUUUCUCCGACACAACAAGCAUCUCCUUUACUUUUGAUGAUGAUGCCAAUGAUUUUGUCUCUUCUUUUGUAUCUUUUUUUUUCUUUGGUUGUUGUCUUGAAGUCCAAAA